UCUCUGACGGCUUCAGGUGUCGGCUCUCUGUCUCUAUAAAAGCAACCUCUCGUCACUCGGCGAAUUCAUUGUGGAGCUACUGUCCGAGACAUACGAAUAUGCAAGCCAUGAAUGUGAUCUUUGUGCUGGGCCUUGGCCUGGCUGUUGUCUCCGCCGGCCUUGUCGGUGCACCGAGGCCCCUCGACGGCGAUGAUCUCAAGGAGGCCGAGCAGCAAUUGAGCACUGCGCUGUCCAAGCUGGCCACCGGCGAUGGACCCAGCUACGAACUGGUUAAUCUGAUAUCGGUGACCUCUCAAGUGGUUGCUGGCACUCUGCGCACCUUUAAGGUGGAACUCUCCGAUGGAGCGGACAAGAAGCAGUGCACCGUCAAGAUCUGGUCACAGCCAUGGCUCGAGGAGAAGGGCACCGGCACCAACAUCAAGGUUCAGUGUGAGGGCGACGAAGCCGAGCUGGAUCGCACCUGGUAGACAGACCUAUUGAUCAUCCCAUAGAUAUCUGGUUUUAUGAGUGUUUUAUAUUGGAAACUUGUUCUUCCAAUAAAUUAAUGUUCAUAGUA